GUUUGUUUUGGAUGACUAAACGCAGAGCUGUUGCAUUGACAGUGCACCAGAAAACCUGAACCACCAGUAUGCCGACACGAAAUCCCCAUGAACUCAAACCAGCUGCACACCGACUCCACAUCAGGACGAAGCCUGUGUGUUUUUAAGCAGAAUUUAACUCAUUUUAAAGUACUGAUGGCCUGAGUUUGGACGACGAUCGCCGGGCGAAAGUCUUUAUUUGGAGAGUGCCGCAUGCCAACGCUGACAAAUUCCAGAUCCUGAACUCUGACGGUGCAACAGCAGCGCAGAUAUCCCUGCAGACGGUGAGGGGGUUCCUUGGGAGUCAACCGGGUGGUAACGCCACGUACGACGAUUUACGAGACAAUCAAACAAAAGCCUUUUUUCUGUGUGUGGGUGGGGGGGUGCAGUGGAGCGGUGGCACCGCCGAGCUGUUGAGUUAUGAUGUGAAACCAGCGAUGAUCAACUUGGUGGAAAGUUGGGAGAGACGGUGGACCAAGGGAAGUAUUUACAACAACAACAAAGUGAUGUUUCUAUUUGGAGCACGCUAAGGCAAGUUCAGCUCAACGUGCGUUUAGCGACGUCCAAAUAUCCUCUCUGAUCAAAUUCAAUAACAUUAUGCGCGAGGUGACCAUGGAGGAGGAAGAGAGGGAGAUCUCCGACAUUGACCCGCAGGAGGGCUCCGCGGUGGCCGAGAACGGAGUCAUGCUGGUGGUCAAUCACAGCCGGAUCCUGCCUCCCUUCAGCGUCGUGCUGGCCACCGUGCUCUACUGCGCGGAGUUCGUCACCGCCGCGGUGCUCUGCAGCAUGUACCACAAGACCGACGAUGUCAUCUGGUUGAGCUUCACCAUCGCCUUCAUGCUGCUGCCCGCCCUGCUCAUCCAGUUGGCGCUGACGUUCAUCCACAGGGACCUGGGUCGGGACCGGCCCCUGGUCCUCUUCCUGCACCUGCUGCUGCUCGGCCCUCCCAUUAGGUGUUUUGAGGCUCUGGUGGUCUAUUUCAAGGCGGGCAAAAAGGAGGAGCCUUAUGUCACCAUCUCCAGGAAGAUCAGUCUGAAGAAGGGCCAGGGGACGCCCAUGGAGUGGGAAAUCGGACAAUCGGAGCGCAAGCUGGCCACUCACAGAAACGCCUUCAAACGCACCGCGGUCAUCCAGGCUUUUCUGGGAUCCGCUCCUCAACUGACGCUCCAGCUGUACGCCACCAUCCAGGAGAAAUACUUACUCCCUGCAAGAUUGGUCCUGAUGAUCAUCACCCUGAUCUCCAUCACAUACGGGGCUCUCGUGUGCAGCACUCUGGCCAUCCAGAUCAGAUACGACAACUACAAAGUGCGGUUGCGCCCUUCUGCCUACCUGUGCAUGAUCGUGUGGAGAGGGUUGGAGAUUGCCACCCGGAUCACCGCUCUGGUCCUCUUCAGCACGGCGCUCACGCACUGGGUGAUCCUGGUCGGCAUGGUUAACCUGCUCUUCUUCUUCUUCCUCCCCUGGGUCGAGUUCUGGGUCAGGAAAGGCUCGCUGACUGACGACGUGGAGAAGAACUUCUCCAAGCUGGGCACCACGGUGGUGCUGUCCAUGUUCACGCUGCUCUACGCCUGCAUCAACAUCUUCUGCUGGUCGGCGGUGCAGUUGGACUUCACCCAUCGAGAGCUCAUCGAGAGGAAGCAGCGGUGGGACCGUCUGGCCAUGUACUACACGGGACGCUUUGUGGAGAACUUCGUCCUCAUGAUGCUCUGGUACUUCUUCAAGUCGGACUUCUACGAGUAUGUGUGCGCCCCGCUGCUGGCCGUCCAGCUGCUGAUCUGCUACAGCCUGGCCUUGCUCUUCAUGCUGCUCUUCUACCAGUUCUGCCACCCCUGCAGACGCCUCUUCAAGUACAACGUGCACGACUGCCUGCACUGCGUCUGCUGCCGUCCGGGACGGAGGGGAGCGAGCGGUCGACGGGGGAAGCUGCCGCCCUCGUACUCUACCGCCGCCACCAUGGUGCUGAUGCCGGAGGAGCCACUGGAGCUGCUGGACCCCCGAAACUCACAACCUCUCGACCUCACCAGUCAGCUCGGAGAGAGGGAGACGGCCAUUGGUGAAGACAUGAUGGAUGCAGCCUGAGAAAGGCUUUGUGGGGAAUUUCAAUUCGUAAGUUCUCUAAUGUAGAAAUGCAUCUCAGCUAGCGCUGUAGGCCGCACCACAGAACGAUACCUCGAGUACUUUUAACACAAAAACCAGAAUGAUUGUGUUUUUUGAGUCGGCAAGUUGAUGAACUGUUUAUCUUAAGUGCACAGAACUUUAUUACAUUGUUGUGGGUGUGAGAGGGAUUCAGGUUAACUCCUGAUGUCUUUUCUGAGGGUGACUACGUACACUUGGGGCACAACGAGGCCUCAGUACACCAAAGAAUGUAACAUGUGCAGCGAUGCACAAAGGCCGCCUUGAGAGAGCAGCAGUGGGUCAUGUACAGGACUGAGCCAGGUGUGCGGGAAACAUGCCAAGACUGACCGGGGCACCCCCAGUUUACUUCCUCUCAGGGAACUCGCACCAUGAAUGCCGCCUUUGCAGACGUUUGCAUCUGCACGAAACAGUUUCUUUUUUUAAACAGCAGGACAAGAGAAAGUCAGAAUGAUGCAUCUUCCUCAUACCCAACUACAUAAACCUGCUGUGAUGAAUGCCUUGUAUUGUUCGCUGCUCAGUCUGGUGGCCUUGAUAUACAAGUACAGGUUUUAGUUUUACAAGAAUACAUAAAAUCCCGUCAACCAUUGGUGAAAACUGUUGAAAGAAAGAAAAAUAAAAAAUAAAAAAGGAUUUAGAAGACUGUGUGGAACAUCGUGUGUUGUUAACCUCCCAGUUGAUGCUGCUUUAACCAGACUCGCAAUGAAUUAGCUUCUACUUUUAAAAGUGCUUUCACAGUUUGCUCCUUUUUUAUGUUUUGUGUCGUUUAUUCGUUCAGUGCCUUGACUACUAUUGUUUUACUUGAAACCUAAAUAAAAUAAUCUGAUACACA